GACGGCGCCUUUAAGCAGUUGGGCCGACCCCGGAAUAUGUUGCAGGCGGCGGUGAGGACUCCAUCCGGAGCCGGAGCCGGAGUCAGAGUCAGAGUCAGAGCCAGGCCCGGGGAUCGGCUGCGGCGGUAACUGCAGCAGCAGCAGCAGCAGCAGGAGCAGGAGGGAGAGGACAGAGUCGUGGGGAGCAGAGCAGUCAUCAGCCGCUGGAAAUGGGGACUCAAGGACCUGGUAGGAAAAGGAUUGCCAACCGGGAACGGCUGUCUGCAGAAGAUGAUGCCCUAAAUCUAAUUGCCAGAGAGGCUGAGGCCAGAUUGGCGGCGAAACGGGCUGCACGGGCUGAAGCACGAGAGAUCCGAAUGAAAGAGCUAGAAAGACAGCAGAAAGAGAUUUACCAGGUUCAAAAGAAAUAUUAUGGGCUGGAUUCAAAAUUUGGAGACAUCGAACAGUGGAUGGAAGACAGUGAAAAAUACUCUCGCAGGUUCAGAAGACACACUUCGGUAUCUGAUGAAGAUGACUGGACCUCAGUGGGGAGUCGUGGUAGUACCCGGACAGGUUACGAGAGUAUUGGUGCCUGUGGAGUGGUUGCUGAGAAGAGUCGAAAGAAGAAGAAGAAACUGAAGGCCGCAAAUGGCUUUGAUGAGCUGUCAUGCGGAUCUGGGCCUAGUAAACAGUCCAGUAGGGGAAGCUGCUACUCUGACCUCCCUCUGUACAGCACUGGACCCAGCUCCAAGUCCCAUACGGCAUCGCAGAAUGGAACUCGGGUAUCUGCCUACGAUGGGAGUUGCAGCCGCCGGUACAGUAGCUCCAGCUCUCAUGCACUUUCAGAACAUAACUGCUUUCUUGGCUCUGGCUCCCGCACAUCAUCUCGUGCGAGCUCAGCUCGUGCCAGUCCAGUGGUGGAAGAAAGGCUGGAGAAGGAUUUUACAGAGAAGAGUUCCCGGGCAGCUUCAAGCCUCUCUGCUGCUACCCUUGCCUCCUUGGGAGGCACUUCAUCAAGGAGAGGCAGUGGAGAGACCACCACCUCAAUGGACACUGAAGGAUCAAUUCGAGAGAUCAAGGAAAUCUUUGAGCUAAAGGAUCAGAUACAGGAUGUAGAAGGAAAAUACAUGGAAGGGCUGAAGGAGUUGAAGGACUCGCUGGCCGAAGUAGAAGAGAAGUACAAAAAGGCAAUGGUAUCGAAUGCACAGCUGGACAAUGAGAAAACCAACCUCAUGUACCAGGUAGACACGCUAAGGGAAAGUUUGCUGGAGCUGGAGGAACAGUUAGCAGAGACACACAGGAUGCAUGAGGAGAAGACUAAGGAAUUGGACAGACAGAAACAUGCCUACAGCAUCCUGCAGCAUCAAUUUGAGACAAUGAAGGAGACUCUUAAAGAGAGGGAAGAGAUGUUAACGGAGAUCAAAGGGUUGAACCAGAAGCUGAUUUCCUCCACUCAAGAGAUCUCUGACCUCCAGGAGACGGUGGAAUGGAAGGACAAGAAAAUUGGGGCGUUAGAAAGACAGAAGGAAUACUCUGAUGCCAUCAGGAUUGAUCGGGAUGAGCUCAGGGAGGAGGUUGCCAUGCUCAAGGAAAGACUGAAGGUAUGGACUCAGCAUUAG